AUGCCGAGCACCCCGCUCCCGUUCCAUCUGCAAACCACGCGCAUGGCGCUGGUGCAGCUGGGCCAGAUUGGCGCUGACAAGGCGUUCAACCUGCAGCAUGCGCGCUCGUCCGUGUUGCGCGCGGUGAAGGAGGCGCCGCAGGGCGGCGUCGAUCUGGUCAUGCUGCCGGAGUGCUUCAACUCGCCGUACAGCGUCGACAAGUUCCGCCAGUAUGCAGAGUCGUUCUCGGGCCUGUACGAGCAGGUGAAGCGUGGCGGCACCGAUGUCGCAAAGAAUGGCGGUCAGCGCGCGUGGCCUAUAGACAACCUGGACAACGCACGCGCCGUGACACUGUCACAGGCGUGUCUCGAGUCGAGCCCCAGCCUCAGAAUGCUCAGCAUGCUCGCGCAGGAGGCGGGUGUGGUCCUCGUGGGCGGCAGCGUGCCUGAGAUCGAUCCAGACACCGACCGGAUCUACAACACCAGCUGCGUGUUUGACAACGAAGGCCGCGUACUUUCUCUGCAUCGCAAGCUGCAUCUCUUCGACAUUGACAUUCCCGGCAAGAUGACGUUCCAGGAAAGCAAGACGCUCUCGGGCGGCGACCGCGUCACGAUCUUUGACUGUGCGCACGGUCGCUUUGGCCUAGGUAUCUGCUACGACAUGCGCUUCCCCGAAAGUGCGCAAAUUGCCGCGCGGCUCGGCGCUGGUGCUCUGCUGUACCCCGGCGCCUUCAACACUACCACGGGGCCGCUGGCCUGGGAGCUGCUCCUGCGCGCCCGGGCGGUGGACAACCAAGUGUACACGGUCGGCUGCUCGCCCGCACGUCCCCCGGAGGGCUACCCCGCAUGGGGCCACAGCACCGUGGUCGACCCGCUCGCAGUGGUCGUCGAGACGUGUGAUGAGAAGGAAGCGGUCGUCUACGCGACGCUCAUGCCGGAGCGCGUAGCCGAAGUCCGCCGCAUCGUCCCCAUCUCGAUGCAGCGCCGCUUCGACGUGUACCCCAACGUGGCGCACUGA